AUGCGCCUCGGCUGCCGCCUGGGCGGCGCGCGGCCCGCGCGGCUGCUGUGCGCUCGGAGGCUCUCGACGAGCGGCCUCCCCUCGCCGCUGCCGCCGCUGCCGCCGUCCCAGCCCACCGCCGCCGCAGGAGCGGAGUCCGCGCUGGCGCCCGCCGCGCCAGGGCUGCUCGGGCUCCCCUCCAUCUACCUGGAGCUGUCCAAGGCGAAGUUGAGUGGGCUCGUCGUGAUGACGACGGGCGCGGGCCACCUCCUCGCCCAGCUGCCGCUCGACCCGCUGCUGCUCGGCGCGACGCUGAGCGGGACCUUUCUGUGCGCCGCGUCGGCAAACACGCUGAACCAGGUCAUCGAGAUCCCGCGAGACGCGCGUAUGGCGCGCACCGCGAAGCGGCCGCUCCCCUCCGGCCGCAUCUCGCCCGCGCACGCGCUCGCCUUCGCCACCACCACGGGAGGCGCCGGUGUCGGGACUCUGCUCGCGCUGACCAACCCGACGACGGCGGCUCUCGGCGCGGCGACGAUCGGGCUAUACGCGGGCGUGUACACGCCGCUCAAGCCGGUGACGCACUACAACACAUGGGUCGGCGCCGUCGUGGGCGCCGUGCCGCCCCUCAUGGGAUGGACGGCGGCGGGGGGGGAGCUGCUCAGUCCUGAGGCGGCGCUGCUGUCGGGCGCGCUCUUCCUGUGGCAGAUCCCGCACUUCCUCGCCCUCGCGUGGAUGUACCGCGCCGACUACGCCGCGGGCGGGUACGAGAUGCUUCCGAGAAGAGACCCGACCGGCCAGCGGACGGCGGCGGUCUGCCUCGAGUACUCCUGCUACCUGACGGCGCUCCCCUUCGCGGUGUGGGCCUCCGGCCUCACCGGCUGCAUGUUCGCUGUCGAGUCGCUCGCCUUCAACGGCGUCAUGCUCGCCGCCGCCGCCCGGUUCGUCCUCGCGCCGCCGAAUGCGCGCGUGCAGCAGGCGCAGUACGCACGGCGGCUCUUCUUCGCGUCGCUCGGCUAUUUGCCGCUCUUCUUCGGCUGCUUGCUACUGCACCAGCAGUCGAACCGGCACGCCGCGACCGAGGACGAGGAGGCGGGCCGGCAGUACUGCCUGCACGAGCAGCUCGAGGCGCCCUCGCUCUGCCCCAAGGGCGCUGCCGACGAGGUUGCUGCUGUGGCGCACGAGGUGGCCGCGGGGGCGGCGGCGGGCCUCGCCGGCUCACGGCAAACGCAGCCGCCCUCGUGA